AUGCCAAAUGGUGCAUUUGUCAAGGUGAGUUCGUUCACCGCGGACGCCGGCGCCGCACGCUCCACUAUCGCGCCAAGUGAAGGUCGACGGAAGGUAGCGGACGAAAUUGACCACCAUUUUGUGGUUGUCCGACGAGGAACUAUGAAGAAGUAUCAAGUGCUACGCCCGGACGAAAUUCCCAGCUCGGCCGACAUUGCGGGUCGGUGGGAUCUUCGUCCGUUUGUAUCGCUUAUACGUAAUGACGACGAUCUAGAAACCAAGAAGAUCACCAAUGGAAGACCGGCGAAAGUGCCACGUGACGAACACUAUUUGCGCUUAUCUAUGCACAUUCUUGUUUUUUAA